CUCCUCUCCCAUUCAUCAGGGCUGGGACUGUGUGUUGUCUUUUCAAUUCAUUUAUCUGCAGGAAUGAUUGCGACUAUCAGUCUAGAGCUCACCGCCUGACUGAGGAGGUGAAAGUUGCGCUGCGGGAAGAUAAACCGCAAAAAGACAAUAUUGCGCGUCUAUAUGCGCGGCUUUUCUGUGCGUCGGAUGAGCGGUGCGGGGGAAUUCCUCGCGUUGGAGAAAAAGUAAACAGGAGGAGAGAAGGGGAGGAAGGAAAAAAAUCUUUGGAUUUGAGUUUGCUCAGCGGCGGCGGGUACAGAGACAGCAGAGAGAAGGGGGAAGAAUAUCUGCGCGUGGUUUUUUUUCAUUCCUCUCAGUCGUCUCGGCGAUUCCAGACUGAAGAUGCUCCUGGACGCAGGACCGCAGUAUCCCACGAUAGGAGUCACUACUUUCGGCUCCUCGCGGCAUCACUCAACAGGCGAAGUGGCGGAGAGGGAAGUGGCGCUGGGCAUCAACCCGUUCGCGGAUGGGAUGGGCGCCUUCAAAAUAAACCACAGCUCCCACGACAUCGGCUCCGGACAGACGGCGUUUUCCUCCCAGGCUCCGGGAUACGCAGCGGCCGCCUUGGGACACCACCACCACCCGACCCACGUCGGCUCCUACUCCACGGCGGCUUUCAACUCCACCAGGGACUUUCUGUUCAGAAACCGCGGGUUCGGUGAUGCCGCCGGGGCGCAGCACAGCCUGUUCGCCUCCGGAAGUUUCGCAGGGCCGCAUGGACACUCGGAUGCAGCGGGGCACCUGCUCUUCCCGGGGCUCCACGAGCAGGCGGCGAGCCACGCGUCAUCCAACGUGGUCAACAGCCAGAUGCGGUUGGGCUUCUCUGGGGACAUGUACGGCCGGGCCGACCAGUACGGCCAUGUCACGAGCCCCAGAUCCGACCACUACGCGUCCACACAGCUGCACGGCUACGGCCCCAUGAACAUGAACAUGGCCGCGCACCACGGAGCGGGGGCCUUCUUCCGAUACAUGCGGCAGCCCAUCAAGCAGGAGCUCAUCUGCAAGUGGAUCGAGCCGGAGCAGCUGAGCAACCCCAAGAAGUCGUGCAACAAAACUUUCAGCACCAUGCACGAGCUGGUGACCCAUCUGACGGUGGAGCAUGUGGGGGGGCCCGAGCAGACGAACCACGUCUGCUUCUGGGAGGACUGCUCCAGAGAAGGGAAGCCGUUCAAAGCCAAAUACAAACUUGUGAAUCAUAUCAGAGUGCACACCGGAGAGAAGCCCUUCCCGUGCCCGUUCCCCGGCUGUGGCAAAGUGUUCGCGCGCUCGGAAAACCUAAAAAUUCACAAAAGGACUCACACUGGUGAGAAGCCUUUCAAGUGUGAGUUUGAAGGCUGCGACAGGCGCUUUGCAAACAGCAGCGACCGCAAGAAACACAUGCACGUGCACACGUCGGACAAGCCGUACCUCUGCAAAAUGUGCGACAAGUCCUACACACACCCCAGCUCCCUCCGAAAACACAUGAAGGUCCACGAAUCCACCAACCCAGCAUCGCAGCCUUCUCCUGCGGCCAGUUCAGGGUACGAGUCGUCCACACCCCCCACCAUAGUGUCCCCGUCCACAGAGAACCAGAGCAACUCCAUAUCACCAGCAGCCUCAGCAGUACACCACACAGCCAGCCACAGCACGCUGUCGUCAAAUUUCAAUGAAUGGUACGUGUAAAUAUUUUUGAGGACAAUAAAUAAAUAAAAAAAAAAAAGGGGGGGGGGGUUGCAGAAUUUAAAGAAAGGAAGAAAAAAAAAACUUGGACUGUUUAAGUCAGGAAGAUGGACUGACGAAUCACGAGAGGCCCCAAAAACUCAUGCAUGGACACAAUAAUAAUAAAAAAAAAAAAGAAGAAGAAAAUAAAAAGAGGCACGGACAAUGUGACCCCCCCCCCUCCACCCCUCCACCACCCUUUGAUAUUUCUUUGACUCUAUUUUUCCUGAGAGACACAUCAACUCCAAAAAAAAAAAAAAAAAAA